UUGAGUCGCGCUGAGGCUGACUCACAUCCUGGCCAAGGUGCGACGCUCUCGCUCCUCUGACGUAAACAGUCUUGGCUCGGUGGCCGCCGCGGAAGCACUAGGAAGGAGCGCUCCGGCCGUCGGAUUACUUGCGGCGCGGUUGCCGACGGAAGCGCAGGUCCUGCACGAAGGUCGACAUGAGUGGGGGAACGAGGGUCGCUGCCUUCCUUCUGGCGUCAUGUCUGGUGGCGCUCAGUGGGCCCCUCGUGGGCUGUGAGGCUUCUCCUGCCGGCGUGCCUGAGGCCCUUGCAGGUCCCCUGCCGCGGGAUGUAUCUGCUGGAGAAGGCCGAACGCCCUCCGAAGGAAGCGGGAGAGUGGCGAAGAGAGAAGUGCGAGCGGAGGGGGAGCCCGCGAGUGAGUGCCUCGAAGUGGAAGUGUUGACCAACAAGACGUUUCAGCCGAUCAGGAACGUCAGGCAGUUGCACUACACCUUCUUCUUGCGGCCACGGCUGGAGUUUAUAGACAUCAAGUUCAACAUGAUGAUCGACAACCUGUGGAACCUGGCGCGGCCGUACGAGAGCGCCGAAACCAUCGUGUUCUCGCUGGCCGACGUCGAGGAGGCGGCCGAGCGCCAGGGCUGGGUCGAGAUCACGGCCGACUACUUCAAGCACGAGGUGAUUAACGGCCGCGACAAGCACGGCCUGAGAGUGACCGUCGGGAACGUGACUCGCGAGAUGAUCUCCAGCCGCUGGUGGCGAACGCACACCUUCGAGGGGUUCCUGGUGUCCGCCAGGGGCCCCGCCACGUUGCUCUUCGACUGCCCGCCGCAGGAGGUGGCCGCCCCCGUGCCCGUGCGCCUCAUGAAGACGCCCGUGCUGAUGGGCGGCAUCCUGGUGCUGGCCUUCCUGCUGGUGGUCGUGCCCUGGGUGUGCUUCGUUUACAGGAGGCGCGCCAACGCAGACCUCAACGAAGCCCCGGACGUCCCGCCGCUCCCCAAGUCUCUUCAGCUCCUGGAGAAGAACAAGGUUAGCAAGUGCCCCGACCAGGACAACGUGUAUGAGGAGUUCGACGAGGACACCCUGUCUCGCCUCCGUCAGAAGCUUUACCCUCAGAACCUCCGUGGGGAGAAGGAGGGCUCGGGAGAUUCCGCGACGCCCGUGUACCACCACUACGAGAAGCUGGGCAAGCCUCGUCCUCUCCUGCGGCAGAAGGCGGUGGAGACGACGGAGAAGAGUGCCCCGGCGGAGAACUACUACGAGAACGCCCCCACGAUGUCGCUGAGGGAGGAGAAGGAGAAGCUGCGGAAGGAGGAUCGCCAGAGGAGUCUGAGCGAGAGCCACUACGUCGAAAUGCAUGGGAUUCUCAACCGGCAUUCGUUCGAUUUUUCGAAGUGAGUUGGUUUGAGAGGAAGUUGUGGGAUCGGGAUGCCGUUAGAGGACUGGAUCUUCUUUCCUUUAUACUUUUCAUUCGAUUUUACGAAGGGAGUUGGGCGUCUGCGAAGAGGAUUGGAUCUCCUAUCGUUUCUACUUUUGAUUCGAUUUUACGAAGGGAGUUGGGCGUCUGCGAAGAGGAUUGGAUCUCCUGUCGUUUCUAUUUCUGGUUGUUUGGGUUUUAAGUCGUGAUUAUGUUUUACCAAGGCGGGUGUUUGUAUGUAGUAAGAGGGCAGAUAUAAGGCCUAGACCUUGGGUAGAAAGACGAUCAUGAUUCUCUAAAAUAAGCAUUGGGAAACUGUGCCUUCGUUGUGUUUCAUGUUUGGUCUUGAAGCCACAAUUACCUCAUCACAAGCACGUAUUCAUACUCGGUGUUUAUGCGAACGACCCGACCAACAAGAGCAACAGAGACAAAACAAUCAGACACGAAGCAGAGAAUCCACAUCACCUUUAUUUAUCCAAGUGAGCAUGGACACUUCUUAAAAAUAAGACCUACAGAGGCGUAUUCUGACCGAAACCGGAUCUCGAGUCAGGUCAGCGUCCUCGGGCAAAGGAACAAAAUGACCUGCACCCGACCAAGCCCUCUUGCCUGCGCCUGCCACCUCGCACCACUUCCUUCUCAGAAGUCGACGGAUGAAGAAGCUUGUUGUGUGAUCACACUCCUCUCGCUGUCAUGUUUUUAUUUUGUUUUCUCUUAUCACAAUAAGAAAAUAAACAAGAAAAACUUUGACAUUAACUAGGCAAAACCAUAUUUAUGUAACAACACGUAACACUCUGAGAACCAAAUAGGAGAUCUUAACUCCCAAAAUAAACAUGUAAACAACAAUACUUCAACAUAGUGCGUGUUCUAGAGGGUACGCCAGAGUGGGAGGUGACACAAUAUAUGUAAUGAAGCGCUGACCUUUAACACGCAGCGCCUUCAGAUGUGGCUGGUGUCAAUACGGGGAAUCCUGUAUGCCAGUCCUUCAGUCUGGGAAAUCAUGCAAAUUUUCAUGGUGUAUAUUGAAGUCUUUUGUAUCAUUACUAUCAUUAUUUGGGUGAAUUCCGGUUAUUCUUUAAGUGUUAUGGUGCUGAUGGAGUGAGAAUUUUAUAUAAUUUUCUGAAUACUGUGGAAGGGUGUAUGCGUUUAUAUAUGUAUGUGUGCGCGCGUUGGUGUAUGUGUACGCAUGAGUUUUGUGCAGUUGUCUGGGUACUGUCAACAUGUUAGUGUUCAUGAAUACGCAUGAAGGAAUAGAUGUAUUUAAACCGACAUCGUUCAGAUGUAGCCAAAGAUUUGUAUAAAAAGAAAUUCACGUAAAAAAGAUUAAUAAAGAUUUUCUGUGAUAUA